AUGUCAGAACAUAGCAGGAAUUCAGAUCAAGAAGAAAUCGAUGGGGAGAUUGAUGAAGAUGAAAUCUUGGCCAACUUGUCCCCAGAAGAGCUCAAAGAACUACAGUCGGAAAUGGAGGUGAUGGCCCCUGACCCCAGGCUUCCCGUGGGAAUGAUUCAGAAGGAUCAGACCGACAAGCCACCAACAGGGAACUUCGACCAUAAAUCUCUCGUUGAUUAUAUGUAUUGGCAAAAGGCAUCCAGACGCAUGCUGGAAGACGAACGUGUUCCUGUCACCUUUGUGCCAACCAAGGAAAAAACUCAAGAACAGCAUGAAGCAACAGACAGAAGCAAUAAAAAUAUUUCCCAGUAUUUAAAAGAAAAACUUAACAGUGAAAUCGCUGCACAUAAAAGAAAAUCACAGGGCAGUGACAAUGUGCAAGAAACAGAUGAUGAUGAUGAUGAAGAUGAAGAUGAAGAUGAGGAGGAAGAUGAAGAAGAUGAAGGAAAAGAGGACAGUGAAGAGAGGGAUGAAACAAAAAGAGGAGAGGAAGGUGAGGUAAAGGAGCAAACCAGAAAUGGUGGGAACACCUGCCAACAGGUAACUAGUAAAGUAACUGAAGAACAGAAAGGCGGACCAGAGGCUCAAGAAAAAACUGAGAAAAAAAUAUCGAAAUUAGAUCCCAAGAAGUUAGCUCUAGAUACCAGUUUUUUGAAGGUAAGUGCAAGGCCCUCGGGAAACCAAACCGACCUGGAUGGGAGCUUAAGGCGAGUGAGACGAAACGACCCCGACAUGAAGGAACUCAACCUGAACAACAUUGAAAACAUCCCCAAAGAAAUGUUGCUGGACUUCGUCAAUGCGAUGAAGAAAAACAAACACGUCAACACCUUCAGUUUAGCCAACGUGGGCGCGGAUGAGAGUGUAGCAUUCGCCCUGGCUAACAUGUUGCGUGAGAAUAGGAGCAUUACCACGCUCAACAUAGAGUCCAAUUUCAUCACAGGCAAGGGCAUUGUGGCCAUCAUGAGGUGUCUCCAGUUUAACGAGACACUCACCGAACUUCGGUUUCACAAUCAGAGACAUAUGCUGGGCCACCACGCUGAAAUGGAAAUCGCCAGGCUUUUGAAAGCGAACAACACGCUCCUGAAGAUGGGCUACCAUUUUGAGCUUCCGGGUCCCCGAAUGGUGGUAACCAAUCUGCUCACCAGAAAUCAGGAUAGACAAAGGCAGAAAAGGCAAGAAGAGCAGAAACAGCAGCAGCUCAAAGAGCAGAGGAAGUUAAUAGCCAUGUUGGAGAACGGGCUGGGGCUGCCCCCUGGGAUGUGGGAGAUGCUGGGAGGACCAAUGCCGGAUUCCCGGAUGCAGGAGUUCCUCCAGCCGCCUCCUCCUAGGCCUCCCAACCCCCAAGCAGUCCCCUUCGGUCGACAAAAUGAAGCGAUGAAAAAGCCAUCGCAGCCGCCGAAGUACAGGACGGACCCCGACUCCUUCCGCGUGGUGAAGCUGAAGAGGAUCCAGCGCAAAUCUCGGAUGCCAGAAGCCAGAGAGCCACCUGAGAAAACCAACCUCAAAGAUGUGAUCAAAACGCUCAAACCCGUGCCAAGAAAUAGGCCACCCCCGCUGGUGGAGAUUACCCCCAGAGAUCAGCUCUUGAAUGACAUUCGUCACAGUAACAUCGCCUAUCUUAAACCUGUAAGUAGGAGGAGGGAGAAAUGGUGA